AUGAAUAACGCAAACGAAGUCACACAUUGGCAACGGAACAAUUACAGGAAGCCUCCUCCUCCUAAGAGUAAUAAUAGUUCAGAUGAUGAUGACGAUGAAAGUCCUCUUCCUCCCAUCAACCGAAAACGAAAUAUUCCUCGCCGUGCAAAGCCUCCCAAGCGGAAUAACAGUCGAAAUGCGGCUAUGCAAUCUAUUAGCAGCUUGAAAGGAAAGGAACGGAGCCUUCAUGAUAAGAAUCCAGCCUUAGGUGUGAUUACAAAACCAUUUGGAGUCAUUGGGAGUGGAAUGGAUGCCGUUGGAGGAUUGCUGGUUACAGGUACAGGUGCUACCGUUGGAGCUACAAAGACAGUAGUUGGUGGAACGUUCGGGGCCAUUGGACAUGUCGGGGGCGCUAUGGUUGGUGGACUGGAUAGAGCUGUUGGUGGAGCGAUGGGUAUUGGAGGGAAAAAGAGUAGUCAUCAGAGCCUCAAUACAAGCAAUUCGAGCACCCCUCCAGCCCCAGCCGUCAACCCCCCCAGUCCCCACAGUGGUCCUGGAUGGUCCAUGAAAGGAACAUCCCCAGCACUAUCCGCCAAAAAGAGCUUGAGUGAUUCCACAUCCACCUUUGGAAAUGCAUCUUAUGAUGAGUUGGACAAUGUCAACGAGACGGAGGAUGAUAUCACCACCGGUCCUCUGAAUGAUUGGAAGGAAGUUGAUGAUGAGGAUGACGAAGAUCCUUCUUCUGAGGGUCCUGGAGAAAGUCCACCGUCUGAUGAAGAUAAGGAACAAAGCAAGAAAAACUUGGCUUCCAAAGUCAACAAGGUCGGCAAAAAGGCAGUCACCGGAGUUGGAACUGCAGUCAAUACAGUUGGCAAGUCGGUCAAUGGCGUGGGCCGUCAAGCCUACAAUUUGCUGACAGAGAGUUUUCAUAGUGGAGCGAGUAGCAAGAGCUUAGACUUAUCAGACAUCAAUGACUAUGAUGAUGAUGAAAUGGUUCCUACAUUUGCUGCCCGUGGAAGAGGUCGAGGAAGAAUGGCGCUCAGUGAUGAUGAUGAUGAUUUAGAUGGAAGUGGUAGCGGGAACAUGGCCAUGAUGAUGCCCAACUCUCCAGGUAUGAGAAGUCGAAGCAAAUCUCCCGGUCGUAGCAAGUCUCCCGGUCGCAGCAAAUCACCAGGACGCCGAGGUGCAUCACCAGGGCGUCGGAAUUUCGGUGGACUUCCUCGGAGAAAACUUGAUACCCAACGAUCAGAAAGGCCGGGUAUAAUGCAAGCUGGUAUAGCGCCUUCACACAAGCGAUUCAAUGGCAGCAGUCCGCCGCCGGCACCUCCUCCAAGUGGGAUGUCACCACCUCCCCGAUCUAAGGCAGCAGGAGUGGGACUGGAUGAGAUCGAUGGUAGAGCCAGGGGUGUAUCCAUAAUGAUUCAACAGCGAGAUAAGAGUAAAAGGGGAUCGGUCAUGGGUAUGGACGACGAAGGGGACCACGAGCGACGAACCACGAGGUUGCACAAAGCUGCUGCUGAUCCAGAAUCCACCAUUCAUGAUUUGCGUGCUGCAUUGGAGGAAGAUCCAUCCUAUGCAUCUGUUGCUGAUGAAGAGGGCAAGUUGCCUCUCCACCUAAUUUCCGAGAAUGACAUGCUCACUGACAACUUGGGUGAGGAUUUGGACACCUUUAUCUUGGACGAACUCAUUCCAAAGAAUCGAAAAGCCUUGGUGGCCCAGUCCGACGAAGGCCAAUUUCCCUUUGUACAAGCCUUGCUAGAAUGGGUGGAAUUGGUGAAUGAGAUACCGCAGCGACGCAUAUCCGAAAUGGGAAUGGAAUUGGAGGAAAAGGAUGAUGAAGAUGCUGCAGAGCAACUGAUUCCUUGGAAUGUGGUCAUUGAUGAUGUAGCCUUUUGGGGAAUUCGAAUGUUGUCCGUCAUGAUUGAACGUGAACCCUUAAAGGCGAAUUGGGUGCUCAAGAUUGUCGAAGUUAUAGCGUCCAUCCCUUGCUUUCUCAAGAAUAUUUUACUGAUUGAUGACGAUAUUUCACGGCGGGAAUUGUUGGAGACCCGACUGAUCCACGAAGUCAUCUUGCAUGAGAAUUCAGUGGGGCCAUGGCUGGUUUACAUGAUUGUCAGCGAUGACGAGGUUGCGCAAAAUCGAGCCCUCUUAUAUAUGAAGCUAGUGACAGAUAUUGAAAACAAGCUAUCACAAGAGUCUUCAAAUUCCCUGCGAUCGCGUGUGUCGACGGCAUUUGUUACAUCCAAUCACCAAAUUGCGGAUCGCAAGCAUAAGGUUUAUUUGAAGGCAGCCAGCUUGCCGGCCAUCAUUCCAGCGCUGAUGCAAUUCACGAAAGAGAAUUUUACGGAAGCCAGUUCCUCCAGCAUUGUCCAAUUCAUCUUGGAUGAAGCCUUGUUUCAGCCCGAGACAGUACUGGUGAUUCUAUUGGACAUUUUCUUCUUGUUUGCAGCUGUUGUCAUGUACACCAUCUGUUCGAACAAUCUCUUUGCCCUGGUUUCCCAAGUCAAGUUUGCCCCAACUGUCAUGUUUUAUGUCAAUCAAACUGCAGCGGAUAUGUGUACCAAUGGAACACUGACAGACGCAAGUGAUUGCAUGUACUUCGAUCAAAACGGCACUUUCACUGAUCUCGGAGGUGUCGUUAUGCGAGCAGGAUCAAUCAAUUGUGGCGUAAAUUGCCAAGUAUGCCACGAUCCUUCCACCUUUGGAGAUAGUGUUGUUCCUUAUGAUCCGUCGGUCUUCUUGGAUGACAUGGGUUCCUCUCCAUUGAUAUCUUGUUAUGAUGGCAAUGUUGACCUUGUCAUCGACACUCUCCUGAUUGCAUCCGUGAUAUUUAUGUCAGUCAAUGCUUUGUACUUCACGGUUAGGCAGUUGUGUACUUGGUUGACGGUGCCCCAUCGAUUCUUGAAAAGUCAAUUUGGAUUUUUGCGGGAAUUUUUCAGCUUCAGUUCGGUUUUCUUCCCUGUUGUUAUGCUGACAAUUUUUCUUGCGAUGGUGUACGACUUGCCCACAACAGGCGGCGGAUAUAUGUCCCCGGAAUUUCAUGACGCGUGGUUGGCCAAUGCCGAGGUCUACGCAGCCUGUUCAGCUGUGGCAAUCGGUUUCUUAUAUUUUAGAAUUCUGUUCUACUUCAAGGUUUUGAAUCAAUACACUGCUACAUUCAUUUUUGCCCUGGGCGAGGUUGUCAAGGAUAUCUUUUGGUUUUUUUGGAUCAUGGUUGUCAUUGUUGCUGCCUUCAGCCAAAUGUUUUUCACAACGCUAUCCUGUAGCGAAGGAUACUGCCGAAAUCCCAACGUGAUUUCCGAAGUGUACGGCGUCGGAAGAGGUUCUCCCUUCGACAACUUCUAUUCGACAAUUUUAUACGCCUAUUCCAUUCUUCUCGGGCAAAUCGAUCUCUAUCUGUUCGAUACUCCAUUUACCACUUUGCUUUGGGUCCUGUAUACCUUCUCUGUUGUCAUUGUGGUUCUCAAUUUCUUGAUUGCCAUUGUUGGUGAUUCCUAUGACAAAUCCAUGACCAAGAUUGAGAUGCACUUUGGUCGAGCUCGUUUGAUGUUCAUGGUGGAAGUCAGCGCGUUCUUAUCGUACGUUGUUGCCCCCAUUUCGGGUGGCCAAGGCGAGCAUGGGUAUCGGCGCUUGCUUAUAUGCAACAGUGUCAAGGGAACCAUUGUUUACUUUCUUUUUGCUGGAGGUCUCUUUACUGGUUUUGCCUUCUUGACCAUUGAAAAGAAUAUCUUGGACCGUAGUGGAGAAGCCAUCUACAUCACAUUAGCGACACUGCUCUCACUUCUUGUAGCGUCGCCCUUUUUGUGGAAAUUUGGAAUUCUGAAAUGUCUGACCAAGUUUAAGAUAUUCGACUUGCUUGGACGAGUGUUGACUGCCGUCUUCCGAGUCUUUCUGGGCAAGAGUAUCCGCGGUGAUCGAACGGAUAAAGAGAAAAAGGACUGGGGCGGGAAAAUUGCCCACUUGAUCGAAUCCAUGAAUGAUGUUGUUCGCGAAUCCGAAGAAAUCACAAACAGCAAAGUCUCCAGCCUCGAGUCCGCAGUUCAAAAGUCUUCCUCAAAACUCGAUCAGCAGAUGGAAGGUAUUCGGAGAAACACUUUAAGUGCAGUUGCAGAAGCCAAUAGCGAAAUGAACGAACGAGUUGCCGCUUUGGAACAGAAUGUCAUGGAUAUCAAGGCCCUUGUCAGCAACAUCCAUGCCAUGAUGGAGGAGCGGCGCGAAAUGGACGAGUAUUCUGGAGGAUCAGGUACGACUGGUGGUGGUGACGGCGGCGUAGUUCAGCAGUCCCCGGGGAGAAUGGCAAGGGCCAAAUCUAAUGGCUCUGUUUACGACGGCUAG